CUGUUACCCUAGCACUCGGGAGGUGGAAGCAGAAGGAUGAGUAGUUCACCUCUAGAACAUAAGAGUUCAAGGCCUGCCUGAGCUACAUGGAACUAUUUUUAAAAAGUCAAAAUCAAGGUGCCUGUAAUGGGCAUAGUCUUCUGUCUCGCGGGCGUUUGGCUAGCCCUGACAGGAGGCCAGCGUCCCAGGAACUGGUCUGGUAGCUGCGGCACUUCUCUAACCCUCCCGGGACACAUUCACAUCCUGCUCGGAGGUUCUGCUGCGAAGCCUUUCCACUAGCAACCGGCAACCUCCACUUCCCUGUCCGGUCUCCCAAAUGUCCCCUUCCUGUCACUCGCGCCACCUCUGCAGAGUCCCCCAAACCUCCGGGGCUCACCCGCCACCGUCCUCGGUCCCAGCCCUGGCGGUCGGCUCCACAGCCCCGGGACAGUGGCUCGGCAUCUUGUCCGCACGCGUGCGCCAGCGCCGGCGGGCGGAGCCCGGUCGAGAAGAAACGGCUGCACCGCCCCAGGGCUUCGCUCCGAGGCUAGACCCGGGAAGGCGGCGGCCCGGCUUUGAUGCUGGGAGUUGGCAUCCAGCGGUGAGAGGGACGCAUGGCGGGAAGGCGGUAACGCACCCUCCCUGAAACAAAAGAUGCCUUCCAGCUCAGUACUCCAGACUCUCGGCGGACCUGCAGCUCGGGGUGGUUACCCUCCAAGUCAAACCCAAGAAGGUGCGACACUAGGCACGGAGCGUUAGUUGCCAACGAACCGCUACCGCCUGGGCAACCGGACUCCGCCGGUCUCAACGGCCGCCGCCUUGCAGCGGCGCACGUACACCUUCGAGUCUCCGCCUCCUCGGUUUUCCUCCGCACGCGUUUCUCCGAAGAUUUGGCCCUCGGGACGCCCGGUAGUCAGGCGUGUCCUAAGCACCAGAGCCGGAAAAGGAAUCUAAGUUGCGAUUGGCUCGCACCUUGUGUUCCGGGAACGCUGGGUACAGCGCGAAGGCGAGGGCAGACUGAGAAGAGUGGUGCGGACCAGAGCCGGCAUGCCUCGUUACGCGCAGCUCGUCAUGGGCCCGGCGGGCAGCGGGAAGAGCACCUACUGUUCCACCAUGGUCCAGCAUUGUGAAGCCCUCAACCGGUCUGUCCAGGUGGUCAACCUAGAUCCAGCAGCAGAACACUUCACCUACCCUGUGAUGGCUGACAUACGAGAACUAAUUGAGGUGAAUGAUGUGAUGGAGGAUGAUUCUCUACGGUUUGGUCCCAAUGGAGGAUUGGUAUUCUGCAUGGAGUACUUUGCCAAUAAUUUUGACUGGCUAGAGAACUGUCUCGGCCAUGUAGAGGACGACUACAUCCUUUUUGACUGUCCCGGUCAGAUUGAAUUGUACACUCAUCUGCCUGUGAUGAAACAGCUGGUUCAGCAGCUCGAACAGUGGGAGUUCCGAGUCUGUGGAGUUUUUCUUGUUGAUUCUCAGUUCAUGGUGGAAUCAUUCAAGUUUAUUUCUGGCAUCUUGGCAGCCCUGAGCACCAUGAUAUCUCUAGAAAUCCCGCAAGUUAACAUCAUGACGAAGAUGGAUCUGCUGAGUAAGAAAGCUAAGAAGGAAAUUGAGAAGUUUCUAGAUCCAGAUAUGUACUCUUUGUUAGAAGAUUCAACAAGUGACUUAAGAAGCAAAAAAUUCAAGAAGUUGACUAAAGCUCUAUGUGGACUGAUUGAUGACUACAGCAUGGUUCGAUUUUUACCUUAUGAUCAGUCAGAUGAAGAAAGCAUGAACAUUGUAUUACAGCACAUUGAUUUUGCCAUUCAGUAUGGAGAAGACUUGGAAUUUAAGGAACCAAAGGAACAUGAAGAUGAAUCUUCCUCCAUGUUCGAUGAAUAUUUUCAAGAACGCCAGAAUAAGUGAAGAGCUUACUGCAAAGUGACUGUGUAUGAAGCAUGCAGCCACAUCAGCAGAGCAGUCUCCUGAAGGAUGUGAUGUAGGAAGCUACUUAUUUUAAUGAGAAGAAUACCCAGCUCUUUGCCUAGAAUAUGCCUGAAUUAAGUUCUGGGUUAUUCUGAAACUGCUGCUCUUUCAAGUGGGAUAUUUUAUUCUGACAGCAUCAUUUUGGAUUUUAAAACUCAAAGUUGGAAUCAAUGCACAAAGAUUUGUAUAUAAUAUAAAUUAACUGUACUGUACAGUUAUGGCCAGUCUAACUUUAUUUUUAUAGUUGGGUUUUUGUUUUUGAGGGGAUUUGGUUUUGGUUUGUUUGUUUUUGGAGAGGCUUAAGUUUUUGUGAUGAAAUAUAUAUCUACGUCCAAAUGAAAACAAUAUGGAAGAAUAUACAUAAAUCUUAUUUUCCUAU